GCCGCAGCCGUGUGAGUAACCUCACGUGACUGGUGGUGGUGGUUACGGUUGGUUUCGUUCGGUAGGCAGGUUACCAUUUCUAGGAUUUCUAGGGGCCACAGGGGUACUGCAAACGAGAGUGCAUUUUGCCGUGCUCGAGGAAAGCAAAACCAAGGCACCUUGGCAAAACAGUUCAACCCUCUCAGCACAGCACAGGACGGUCACAGUCAAAGUAUGGAAGCACCUCUUGUGAAAUGUUUGAACGAUGUGAUCACGUCGGGAGCUUUGGGUGUUGCGUGUGCUGAUCGUCACGGGUUAGCCCUGCAUAUGGCCGGGCAAGUGCAACCGAGGGCAACGGGAGCUAUCACAAGCCUGGCAUCACUGGCGAAGGCGUUAGACCCUUCUGAGUCUGCGCCAACGAUCCACCUCGAGUCAGAAUCACUGAACGUGUUGAUACAACAGAAAGACCAAGUCUCUGUGGCUGUUUACAGCGUCCCGGAUCACACACAGUAAAAUAUUUGAGUUGUUCUUACGCCAUAUGUUACGACGAAUAAAGUGUCUUUGUUGUAUUAAA